CCCGUGAUUGCAGCAGACAAAUCGACCUAAGAAAAGUAAUCAUAGUUAAAGGCGUUCAUAUUUAUAAAAUAUAAUAUAACGACUUUACGCGGAACGUAACUUUAUGUGUGUAGUCGCCACAGGUUUGUGUUCGGAAGAGCGUUUUGUAUGCUCAUACCACUUCUCGCAAACUUUGCCCCCUGACAGUCGUUACAUCGUGGCUUAUUUUUAGUUGUGGCAAACUAAGAGUUGAGAUCUAACUCAUUAACUCGACUAUAUCAGGUCUGUCACUUCAUAAAGUCUCUUAGAACAGUAAGAUGCCAUUGGCACAGUUUCCAGAUCCAUUUCAGAAGUUACCCUUAAGCAAUGACACAGAGGUCACUGACGAUGCCAUGGGGGAGGAUGACCCUGUUGAAAGUGAGGACUCUUCUGUAGAGAUCAACAUCACCAAUGUGGUUAAAGAAGGCUCAGAGAAGGCUGACCAGUCACACUUUGACCUCCUCAAAGUUCUGGGACAGGGCUCCUUUGGCAAGGUGUUUCUGGUGAAGAAGAUUACAGGUCCAGAUGCAGGCCAUCUCUACGCCAUGAAAGUGCUGAAGAAGGCCACGCUUAAAGUGAGGGAUCGCGUGCGGACCAAGAUGGAGAGGGAUAUCCUGGUGGAUGUCAACCACCCCUUCAUUGUCAAACUUCACUACGCCUUUCAGACAGAAGGGAAGCUUUAUCUGAUUCUUGACUUCCUGCGAGGAGGUGACCUGUUUACCCGGUUGUCCAAAGAGGUCAUGUUUACUGAGGAGGAUGUUAAGUUCUACCUGGCAGAGCUGGCCUUGGCACUUAAUCACCUUCACACUCUUGGGAUCAUCUACAGGGACCUCAAACCAGAGAAUAUUCUUUUGGAUGAAGAGGGUCACAUCAAAUUAACAGAUUUUGGCCUGAGUAAGGAGUCGGUGGACCAGGAGAAUAAGGCCUACUCUUUCUGUGGGACGGUGGAGUACAUGGCCCCAGAGGUGGUGAAUCGCAGAGGUCACACCCACACAGCUGAUUGGUGGUCCUAUGGGGUCCUCAUGUUUGAGAUGCUGACGGGGACAUUGCCCUUCCAGGGAAAAGACCGGAAAGAGACGAUGACCAUGAUUCUCAAGGCCAAGCUCGGCAUGCCACAGUUCCUGAGUGGUGAGGCCCAGUCGUUGCUGCGCCACCUCUUCAAGCGUAACCCUGGCAACCGCUUAGGAGCGGGGCCCGAUGGUGUUGAGGAAAUUAAGAGACAUGCAUUCUUCUCAAACAUCGACUGGAACAAACUGAUCCGUAGAGAACUCCCACCUCCCUUCAAGCCGGCCUCCGGGAGAAGAGAUGACACGUUUUACUUCGACAAGGAGUACACUGCCAGGACCCCACGUGACUCUCCUGGUGUACCCCCCAGUGCAAACGCGCAUCAGCUCUUUAGGGGUUUCAGCUUUGUGGCCAUUACUGAGGAGGAGGAGGAAUGCCAACCCCCCACCACACAGCCUUUCCCCCCUGUGAGUAAUGCGCGUAACGCGCGCCAGUUCUCCGACGUGUACGAGCUGAAGGAGGACAUCGGAGAGGGAUCCUACUCCGUCUGCAAGCGUUGCAUACAGCGCAGCACCGGAGCUGAAUACGCCGUCAAGAUCAUCAACAAGUCCAAGAGAGACCCAGCUGAGGAGGUGGACAUCCUGCUCCGCUACGGCCAGCACCCCAACAUCCUCACACUCAAAGACGUGUAUGAUGAUGGGCGGUCAGUCUACCUGGUCACUGAACUGAUGAAAGGGGGGGAGCUGCUGGAUAAGAUCUUGCGUCAGAAGUUCUUCAGUGAGCGUGAGGCUAGCGCCGUGCUACACACCAUCACUAGAACCGUGGACUACCUGCACUCACAGGGGGUGGUCCACAGGGACCUGAAGCCCUCCAACCUCCUGUAUGUGGACUCCUCUGGUGACCCCUCAUCCGUGCGCCUGUGUGACUUUGGCUUCGCCAAGCAGCUGCGGGCUGACAACGGCCUCCUCAUGACGCCCUGCUAUACCGCCAACUUCGUCGCUCCCGAGGUCCUGAAGAAACAGGGCUAUGAUGCUGCGUGUGAUAUCUGGAGUCUGGGUGUUCUCCUCUACACCAUGCUGACAGGCUUCACUCCAUUUGCUAACGGGCCUGAUGACACUCCAGAGGACAUCCUAACUCGUAUUGGCUCCGGAAAGUUCUCCCUGACUGGUGGAUACUGGAACUCCGUCUCUGCAGAGGCCAAGGACCUGGUCUCUAAGAUGCUGCACGUGGACCCUGGCCAGCGCUUAACAGCCGCUCAGGUCAUGCGCCACCCCUGGAUCGUCCACAAGGACCGCUUACCUCAGUUCCAACUACAGCGACAAGACGCUCCCAAUCUGGUCAAGGGUGCGAUGGCUGCCACCUACUCGGCUCUCAGCCGCCAUACGUCUCCUGCUCUGGAGCCCGUGGGUCGCUCUACGCUGGCGCAACGCCGCGGGGUGAAGAAGCUGCCCUCCACCGCCGUCUGACCUCAGAGUCACCUCUGCUUUACCUCAACUUGACCCCUCAGAUGACCUCAAGAUGACCUUUGGAUAACCUUUGGGAAACUUUCUUCAGACAUCUUCCAGACCACCACUGCCAAGUAUGGUAAUGAAACAGAUCUGUGUGCAGAUGAGGACUAUUAAUGACAUGUUUAAGAUGACAGAGAGAUGGACUUUGGAUACACUGUGUUUAGUUUUUGAAUGUUUCUAUUUCAUUCUGCCAUGCUGUAGAACAUUGUGCCUACAGUCAUAUCAAUUUAUACUGCCUCCUUGACCAAGUACAAACACUGAAUCUGUGCCUAAACACCUUCUAUUAUGCAGCUAAUGCCAGAGUGUGACUCCCACACAAGUUGACCUUAACAGCUACUGAGUUGAAGAUUAAUAGUCAGUUAAUAAAGUUAAAUGGUGAACAGAUGGGAAAGGUUCAAGCUAGUCUGCCUAGCAUACUAACCUGACUGAGGAUUUCUGGAGCUCUCUGUCAUAUCAAGGAGGGGAAAAAACAUUCCUUGGGUUAGCAUGGCUAGGUUUAGUAUAGCCAGAUUUAUGCUUAGCAUAGCUAGGGUUGGUGUAAGAAUUAGCAUGGAGCGCUCCGAUAGCAUAUUGCUGAUAACAUGUAAAACAGUGAAAACAUAGCUAUAGUUUUGGUUAUAUCGAAUGAUUUCCAAGCUUACUCAUCUUUCUGAUUCCUGAAAUCACAGCACAGACCUGAUUUGGUUUGUCAUCAUUGUGUUCUUCGAUCUGGUCAAUAUAGCUUAGCUACAAAUAUUAAACGUACACAGGAGAGUCAACCAAUUAGACACUCAACCAAUUAUGUAGUCAUAUCCAUAAUCUUAGAUAGAUGCUGUUAACAGUAUUGUUACAUUUCCGUUGUGGCCUUACCAACUCUGACCACAGAACUGAAGAGAGAUUCUUCAGUGCUGUGCAGGGGAGUGUCUUAUGUGUUUAUAGCCACUCUCAUGCUGAAGUCUUCAGCUUUCUACACAUUACCCAAACAGACUGUAUGAGAGAAUGGUAUAACCUGGACUUUCUCUGCGACUUUCCAAAAAUUAGCCCAUGCGUGACAGUUGCGUUUUCAAGCUGUGCGCCCUGCGAGUCCCAACAAUAUCAGUCAGUAUACUCAAAUGUCCCAGUUUUCAAUUUCAUUUUUGUACUUAAUGUGCAGUUUUCAGCCCUUACCUAGAUGUUUCUCAUGUUCUCCUUCACUCAUAGCUACCUACCCCAAUCGAAAAAAUGGACAAUCCAACUUUUUUUCUGUAUGUGUCAAGCAGUCAGUGUAUAAUUGUCAAGUGCUGUAUGCUAUGGCGCUCCUUAAUUCUGGUCAAUUUGGCCGUCAUCAUGCCAGAGAAAGGUGGCCAUUUCUCACUGCCCAGUAGGCUUACUCUUCCUUUUUUUAGCGUGAUAUCUGGCAACAUAAAUUCUGCGUUGAUAUAAAACAUCAGAUAAGACCGCCAUAAGUUCUAUUACACCUGCGUAAUUGUGUUUAGCAGCGUUGUUAUUAAGAAUCUUCAGACAUUGUGUGUCUGUAUGUCAAAAUCGCUUUGGUCCCCUUUUAUAGCAUGACCUAAUAGGAUCCGACUGUCUUGUUGCAUUCAGUGUUAUCUGUUUACACUGAGUCUGCUUCUAUGUCCUUCUAUUACGUCAUUCCAAUUGAAAACAAUGUAAUUACACUGUUUUUAUCGCUUAUGUUUGCUCGCAUCGCAUCCUGUUAGGACAAGCUGUUAAACGGUGACCCCUGCCAGCCAAUGGUUCAGUUUUCUCUUGGAUUAAGAAACUCAAAUGUUGUAAAGGGAACCAGACUAGUUAAUUCAUCAAUAGCUCCAUAGGAAACACUGGUGAUCUGGAAGGCCUUCCUGUCUGCACCAUGGAGGUAUUAUAUAGGACUGGAGAGGGAGAAUGUACCGCCCCAAUUCAUUUCAAUGGCCCGCACUAGGCCUGAUCUUGACCACAACCAUCUUUUUCCAAAAUGGCGUUUCACAGGCCUCAUUUCCGGCACCAAUUAGCCAAUUAAGGAUUGAUGGUUUGGGAGCGUACCUAUGUUCCCCGGGUUCUAUGUUCCCCACUUUGUAUGGGACUGGGGAACAUAGGACCCUUUUUUCUUAAAUUUUAAAAAGGGUCCUACUGUAUGUUCUCUGGUUUUCCCAAAAAGGGUCCUAUGCUCUUUGUAUGUAUUGCGACCGGGGAACAUAGGAUCCUUUUGGGGAAAACUGGGGAACAUAGGACCCGGGGAACAUAGGGAUGACCCCGGUGGUUUAGCUAGCAGUUUUCUGCUGGGAGGAUCAGCCAGUCUACACAGAUGACAUAUUUUGCGGCCAUUGGAAAUGUGUCACUUAAUUGGCUUGUUAGUGAAAAUGGGGCCAGAAAAAUAUUAAAAAAUAACUGCAGUGACCAGAACUAUUACACUGCAGGUUUUCUGAAGUACAGUACAGUAAUAUAUUUUGUGCCCAAAAUAUUGCUUUUGUGUAGUAAAGUGCAACACAGUUUUGUACAGUUUUUUCAUGUCCAGAAAUUUGCAUUUGCUGCAGUUUUGACACUUGAAGUAGUGCAGUCAUUUUUGUAAGGGUGGUGGCCAUAUAUCUUGCACAUAUAUCUUGGCCUCCCCAUUCACUUGUAUAAGAAAAUAGUUGCCCGAUAACUGCCCAAAGUGUGUUUCCAAUAUGGCCGCUGAGUGUUGGGACUUGCUUAUAAGGACUUUGCUGAAACUAACCCUGUAAAUGCUGGGAUGUAAAUGCUCUGGGAUGCUGAAGCUAACCCUCCAAAUUCUGACCCCCUGCUCUGAAUCCAGCCUCAGCACUCCUGAGAUUGACCCUGCUGUUUAUGAAUGCCAUCUACCUUGUCUCAGAGAUGCACUGGUGGAGGAGUAGAAUUGAUUUCCCCGAUGUUUGAAAAGUUGUUAGUUCCUCAAAUUGCACAUUUCCCUGAACUCAUUUAUAAGUCGUAAAGACAGAAUGACAUAGGACUGUAUCGGGCUAAAGCAAUGCCAGGUCUACCAUGAACUUUUUUGCACUUAGCUUUGACAAUCAGUCUUCUCAAACAACAGGAGCAACAAUCUACCAAGUGAAAGUUUAAAAGUGAUAUGUUGGAUUUUUUUGUAUUAAACGUAUGUGGGCUCUGUUGCCAAGAUAUCCACUAAAGUUAGCAAGCUAAUUAAUUAGCCUAGGAUCAUAUUCUCUUGUAAUACCUCUGUGUACCUUAAGAGGCACUGUAUUAAAUAUAAAGAAGUCAAUGGAUGGGAGCUGUAAUGGUGCGUUCAAGGAAACUCAAAUUCUACCCACACCCCUUUAAGGAAUAUUUUAGGAUUCUAUACACACACUCCUUUCAGGAAUAUUUCUACACACAACCCUUUAAGGAAUAUUUUAGGAUUUCCUAUAUGUUAUUAAUAGUGUUUUAAUUCUACACACAACACCCAUUAACCUAAGUAAUAUUUUAUGUAAUUACGUAGUUACGAGUAUUUGAAGUCUAACUAUUUACCAGAUUAUGUAAGGAUGCAGUCUUUCCAAGUGAGAUAUGCUCAUAGGUUAUACAGUAGUCGUCUUCGCUUUGGGGACUGGGAUUAUUUUAGGCUGGGUGAAACCUGCCUGAACUUCUGGCGAAUUUGGAUUUCGCCUGACAACUCAGGCUGGAAACCUGCAUAUCUAUCUCCUCUGUUCCCUGCCAGAACCUUUGGCUCCAAUCAGAAACAAACUUAUCCAAAAGACGCACUGGAUCGUUGGUCUGAUUGGUUGAAGGACUAUCCAAGCGUACAGAGUCAUUUGAACGAUGCCCAUUGAUCACGCCUCUUGUGCAGUAGAAACAAAGCGCAGCGUUCCCCAUACUAAUGUUCAAUCUAAAAGAUUGAGUUUAGUAUGGUGAUAGCCAGACUAGGAUUAUCUGAUAUUAAAUGCUUGAAAUGAUUAUAUAUGUAUGCAAAGUGUCAAUAUGCUAUAGAGGUGUUCAAAAAGGCUUUGUAAGACAUGGUAGCACAAUUUUGAUGUUCCCUGAUCUGGUGAAAUGGAUAUUCUGCGGCAUUUCAGAUGGCUGGAUUCUAAAGCCUGGUUUUCUGCCUGUGUUGCGUGUGUGUGUGUGUGUGUGUGUGUGUGUGUGUGUGUGUGUGUGUGUGUGUGUGUGUGUGUGUGUGUGCGUGUGUGCGUGUGUGCGUGUGUGCGUGUGUGCGUGUGUGCGUGUGUGUGUGUGUGUGUGUGUGUGUGUGUGUGUGUGUGUGAAGAGAAGAGAAGAGAAGGGGAGUCAUAUGCUCCUACCGUAGGGUGACCAGACAUCCUGGUUUCAGGGGACAGUCCCCGUUUAUGGUUGCCUUUCCCCGAGAAAAUACAGAAAAACUACCUAUGUCCCCGUUUUUUGAAGAUGAAACUUGUAUGUAUUUCAAAAUUUUGAAUCAGCUGAAAGUGUCCCCGUUUUUUCCACAUUUUUGGGAUUAUGUCCCCGGUUUUUGGUCUCGGACAUCUGGUCACCUUAACCCACUCAGGACUUAUGUUAACAGUUUAGGGUGUUAGCUUCAUGUUCUGCAGUACAUGUAUGCAAAGUCAGUGAUGUGGGAUGUGUUGUGAAUGUUACUGGUUGCCUUUGCUCUUGGUUAUUCCGGCUCUAAACCAUCUCAUACAUCUCUCUCUACGUUCUUCUGGAAUGCUGUGAAUGCCAGAACAGGGCAGGGCCCUCUUGAACAUUACGCAGACUGUGCAUUAUACCACACAUAGGCAGCGUUAUUUUAAACACUCCAAUCACCCGUUGAACGUGCACUUGAUAUAUCUAGAUAUAGCUUCAAAGAGAUUUAUUUGCUUUUAUACCUUUGGGAAAAUUGCUGGUGUUUAUGUGGGAUAUUGCUUUUGGUGAUUAUGGACUGUUUGGAGAAGUCUACAGUAUAUGGAUUCCGAAUAUAUUCUGUAACUUUUUUUAAUCUUCUUUUUAUAAUCUAUAUUUUAACAAUUGAACAUGAUUAUAAUUCUUUGUCACAUGGCUUUAAUGAUCAACCAUUUUCAAAAAUGUGAAUGUUUUUUUUAACAUACAUAAACCAGAGCAGAAUCAUUGCAAGCAGUACAACCCCUCAUGCAGAUAGAAUAGGAAGAACCUUUGUCACAGUGUCCUGUAGGUUCUCUCCCCUUUCCAUCUCAGAGCUUACAGCAUGGACUCCAUAUGUUGCCUAUUCUAUUCCAGAAUCCUAUAGGUCUGGUCCAUUAAUGGGGUUCAAACCAAAGAUUUGUGACGAGAUGAGCUUCAACGUUCUAAAAACCUUGCAACUGCCACUAGACAUGUUGAAUGCUUUGCGAUGGCUUGCAACGACGUGCAACAUUUAAUUGACACCGCUGCAACUCCUGCAAUGGUUUCGUCUCGUUGCGGAUCUUUGGUGUGAAUUGGGCUUUACGGUUAUCAGUGCUGCUGCCCCUAAAACCCACUCAUUGGGCCGGGGACUGGGCAGGGUCCUCCAGCAUCAGGUCAACAUGCUGUCCCAACUCAGGAGUUGGGUUUAGCUCUACAGAUGCAGAAUAUGGGCUAGAAUCUGUGUGUUCUGUGUUUGUGUAUGUGUGUAAGGGUUUCAACUUUCCCUGAACACUGUCAAGAAAGAAAUACAGUAUAUCGUACUUACCUACCUGUUUUAUUUCUUGUAUCAGAAAAAUACGUACAUAAAGGGAUGAUGGUUUGAACAAUGGGAUAUUUUAGUUCACUGCUUAUCCAAGACCAGUUGUUAAAUCCAUUUUUUUCCCUAAAAAAUGUAUUGCUGUCUCUUCUGCUGUGUAUCUAUUAUGUGUCAAUGAUUAAGUCAAUAAAAAUAUUUUUUCUACUUAUACAA